UCACUGCUACCCGAGCCUGGAUCCACGCAGAUCUAGUUUGGCUAAAGCUGUAAAGCAGAAAAUAUUUAGCCUACUUUUCUGUCAAAACAGUUUCUAUUAGAUAGACUUAUCUGCAUAGAAAUGGCUGAAUCUGCAGCGAGUCAGUAUGAGGAUCAGUUCAUGUGUUCAGUCUGUUUGGAUCGGCUGAAGGAGCCGGUGACGAUUCCCUGUGGACACAGUUACUGUAUGAGCUGUAUUACUGACUGCUGGGAGCAGAAGGAGCAGGAGCCGCCGUACCACUGUCCCCAAUGCAGAGAGAGCUUCAGUCACAGACCUCUACUGAAGAAGAACACUCUGAUAGCUGAGAUGAUGGAGACGCUGCAGAAGACGUCUCUACAAACGGCUGCUGUGGAGUGUGAUGUUUGCACUACAGAGAAGAACAGAGCUGUAAAGUCCUGUCUGCAGUGCUUGGCCUCCUUCUGUCAAACUCACCUGCAGCUUCACUAUCAAUCUCCUGCGUUUAUGAAGCACAAACUAGUGGAAGCCUCCAGAAACAUUCAGGAGAACAUCUGCCUCAGUCAUGGGAAACCUCUAGAUAUUUACUGUCAGGAUGAUGAUCAAUGCAUUUGUUGUUUGUGUGUGACUGACAAUCACAAAAGCCACAAUGUGGUAUCUAUGGAUUCAGAAUGGACUAGUAAAAAGGAACAGUUAAAAGAGAUAAAGGUGAUGUGUCAAAAGCUGAUUGAGGAACGAGAAAGAGGUCAGCUGGACAUCAGUAAAGCUGUGAAAUCUUUUAAAAGUUCAGCACAAGAGGCCGUGGAGAACACUGAGAAGGUCUUCACUGAGCUCAUCUGCUCUCUGGAGAAGAAACGCUCUGAGAUUAAAGAACAGAUCAGAGCUCAGGAGAAGACUGAGAUAGAUCGAGCAGAGAAACUUCACAAACAUCUGGAUCAAGAGCUGACUGAACUCAGAAGAAGACAAACAGAGAUUGAGAAACUUCUGAUUACUGAUGAUCAGGUCAAUUUUCUGAAGAGCUGUCAGUCUGUGUGUGUUUUACCGACAUUUGAAGACAUUCCCAGCAUCACUCAACACACUCAUCUGUCUUUUAAAGACAUUUCAAUCUCAGCAUUCAGAGAGGUUUUGGAGGACGUCUGUCAACAGCAAACAGCCAGAAUAUCUCAAGAAGUGUCAAAUAUCCUUAUUGUAGAGCCUCCAAAACCUGAAACCCCAAAUCAGUUUUUGCAAUAUUUCUGUCAGCUUCACCUGGAUCCAAACACUGUGCACAUAAAACUCAAACUGUCUGAAGGGAACCGAAAAGCAUCACAUUCAAAUGAAGUCCAGCAAUAUCCUGAUCACCCAGAACGAUUUGAUGUGUAUUGCAAUGUCCUGUGUAGAGAGGGUUUGUGCAGUCGCUGUUACUGGGAGGUUGAGUGCAGUGGGAACAACUGGUCUGUAGCAGUUUCCUACAGAGGAAUUAGUCGUAAAGGACAAAGUAAUGACUGCAGACUUGGGUUUAAUAACAAGUCCUGGAGACUGACCCACUGUGAUCAGGAUUUUUAUGUCAGACAUGAUGAUAAAAGAGUCAAUAUUUCCCCUUUCCGUUCCUCUAGAAUAGGAGUGUAUCUGGAUCACAGAGCAGGAACUCUGUCUUUCUAUAGCGUUUCUGACACAAUGACUCUUCUUUACACGUUCCAGACCACAUUCACUGAACCCCUCUACCCUGCAUUUGGGGUUGGAGAAGGUUCUGUCAGGAUCAUAGAGCGGAAGAGAAUUCUCAAAUCCCACAAAUAAAAGAUGAGCAAAAUUUCCUAAACUCGCUCUGUGUUCUUGCAGUUCAUCAUUAAAGGGUUAUUCCACCCCAAAAAUUAAAAUUGUCACUUUUUUUUUUUUUUGUUUGUUUUCUUUGCGAACAAAAAGUAUUCUCGUAGCUUCGUAAAAUUACGGUUGAACCCCUGAUGUCACAUGGAUUAUUUUACCAAUCUCCUUGCUAUGUUUCUGGAUGUUGAUCGUGUCAUUUCCAUUGUUGUCUAUGGGAGGGUCUGAGAGCUCUCAGAAUGCAUCAAAACUAUCUUAAUUGGUCACACUUUAUAUUAGGUGGCCUUAACUUCUAUGUACUUGCAUCAAAAAAUAAGUGCAAUGUACUUAUUGUGAUCAUAUUGUAUUGCAAAACACUUUUACUGCUAUUGAGGAGGGAUACGGGUAAGGUUAGGGACAGGUUUAAGCAUGGGUAGGUUUAAGGUGGGUUAAGGUGUAAGGGAUGGGUCAACAGUGUAAUUAUAAAUGUGAUUACAGAAAUUAAUUACAACUACAUAUAGGUAUCGUUAAAAAUAUAAGUACAAUGUAAAAACAUGUAUGUACACAAUAAGUGCAUUGUACCAAAUGAUUAAUUUAAAUGUAAGUACACAGUAGUUAAGGCCAACUAAUAUAAAGUGGGACUGUGUUCUGAAGAUGAACGGAGCUCUUACGGGUUUGGAACAGCAUGAGGAUGAGUAAUUAAUGACAGCAUUUUCAUUUUGGGGUGAACUAACCCUUUAAGACAAAAGGUGUCAACUUUAGCUUGUCAAUUCACAGAACAGUUUUAAUUUUUGUUUGAACUGAGCCAACUGCUGUGACUUUGCUAUUUUAUUUCUGAAUUAAACAUGAUUUUCAGUUUUUUUUUUUUUUUUUUUGGUGAGGGUUCAUAUUUGUCUUUAUGUGUUUGUAUUAUAACCUGCACGAACACAUUAUUAGGACAUGUAAAAUGCAUACUUCACAGAGUUAUUGGAAGCAAUUGAUGUUAUGGCAUAUACAGUAGAAUGAAUAUGGUAUGUUAUUUUACAGUGUUUUCACUGUAUUCUUGAAUUAGGCACAAAUAUGGUGCUUACCUGGAUGUCAUUUUGUGGCAAUUUUCUUUUCCCUAUGUAUUACUUUAUAUGUAGUAAAUGUGCAUUAAUGGACAUGCAAAUGUGAAUUUUCUGUUUACAAUGUAAUGCAUUGUUUUAAAAAUAAAAGUACUGU